AUGGCAGUCCUCAACUGGGCCAGCUCCCGUGCUGCUACUCUCAGUCCAUGUCCCAGAACAGCGGCUCUGGUAGUCAUUACGACAUGGCUGCUGUACGUCAUCGGCCUCGCAGUGUACCGAUUAUACUUUCACCCCCUGGCCAGGUUUCCGGGGAGGAAAAUGGCUGCGGUCACCACUUGGUAUGAGUUCUAUUACGAUUUCCGGUACGGUGGGAAGUACCUCUUUGAAAUAGAAAAGAUGCAUAAGGAGUUUGGACCGAUAGUGCGCAUCAACCCCCACGAAUUGUCGAUCCAUGAUCCGGAAUACUACAAUGAGCUUUAUGUGGGAAGCAGCAAGCGACGGACCAACUUCUGGCCCUUGUUCCAGGGGUGUACCGAUGACACUGAUGUCAACCACUUCAUGACAAUCGACCAUGAUUUACAUCGCCAGCGUCGAAAGCCCUUUGACCCCUUCUUUUCCCGCAUGGCCAUCAACACUCGAUACUGGCCCAUGCUUGCAGAAAAGGCCGUGUUUCUAGAGUCCCGCAUCCGUGAAUACAAGGGCCAAGGGAAAGCUGUGCGGCUGGACCGCGCUUUCUCGGCCUUCUCAGCGGACUGUAUUGAGAGGAUAUGUACUGACGACCUUGAACCUGGCGAUGGGUUCCUUGAUCAGCCAGAUUUUGGACCAGAGUGGUAUGAUGGAAUGCUGGGUUUGAUCAGAAACGCGCCCAUCUUGACCAAGUUCCCAAAGGCGUUGAGCUCAUUAGGAUACGUCCCACAGCGCUUGCUGCUAUGGCUUUUCCCUCAAGGACGCAUCGCCAACAAAUACGAUGAGCGAACAAGAACCCAAAUCCGAAAAGCUGUAACUAAACAGCACCUGUCCAAGGACACCACCAGCUCGGAGCAUACCACACUCUUCCACGCGCUGGCGCAGAGUAAUUACCUCUCACCUGCCGACAAGACAGAAGAACGGCUAGUCAGAGAAGCUAAGCUCAUCUUUCUCGGCGGAACCAUCAGCACCGGACGAACCCUCAGCUUCGUAUCCUACUACGUCCUUUCCCGCCCAGACAUCAAGGCCCGUCUCGAGGACGAGCUGCAAGAUGUCAUGGCUGCGUGGCCGGAAGCCAUUCCCACUUGGACUGAGCUGGAGAAGUUGCCGUAUUUGCAGGCAGUCAUCAAGGAAGCUUUGCGACUUAGUUACGGCUUCAUGAGACGUCUGCCGCGCGUCUCGCCCGAUGUGGCCAUCCAGUACAAGGAGUACACGAUCCCGCCUGGGACUCCGGUGGGCAUGAGCGCCUACUUGAUGCAUAGCAACUCGGAGGUGUAUCAAGAUCCCGACCAGUUCGUCCCGGAGCGGUGGCUGGGUGGGGACACGAGGGUGAUGCAGAGGAGCUAUGUACCCUUUACUAGAGGGUCGAGGAGUUGUCUUGGUCAAAAUCUCUCCAUGGCGGAGAUCAGUCUGGUGUUAGCAGUACUUUUUCGACCAGAUGGGCCGCGAAUGGAGCUGUUCGAGACGGACGAGAGCGAUGUGAAGCAUGUUCACGAUUUCGUUGUGCCGCUGCCGAAGUUGGAUAGUUUGGGUGUUCGGGUCAUGAUUCGCUGA